AUGCAAGUAGAUUUGUAAUAAAAUACUUAACCUCCUUAGACCCACUAAGAUGUUUAAUAAACAGAGACAAAUUAAUAGCCUUAACAGCAAAACGUUCUUGAUAUGCAAUAACUCCAGCUGAUUUUUAAUCCUUUAUAGCAACAAAAUGGGUAGGAUCAUCAAGGAUAAAAUCAGUAAAUUACAGCAGAAUAAAUUAAUAAGAUUCUACAAGAAGAACUAAAGAAAGUAAAUUUACAAGGUCUAUUAUAAAAGCCAUCUAUGUGCCAAAGAAUAUGCUCACUAUUUUUCUCAAUUGUUUUAACUGUAUCUAUAUCUAUUGUAUUUGGAGUCCUUUUAUGGGUUUUUUAAGACUAAGGAGAUAAAAAUGACUAUUGCCAGCAUGAUAUUCUCAAAAAAUGGGCCUAGGCUACUGCAAUUAUGCUAUUUAUCAAUUCUGGAGUUUCAGUCAUAAAGAUCAUUGAUCAAAUUUUCCUUAAAUCAGAAUUUGAUACUAAAGGUAAGCUCUAUUACUUAACUAGACCAUUAGAAUCUUUACUAGCCAUAGGAAUAUUUGCUACUACUAUCGGAUUGACUGUAAAUAAUAGUAGUGACUGUGGUUAAUUCUACAAGCUUGUUUUAGCCUAUUAUAUAAUUUAUUAUAUUUUUUUAGGCAUUGGUAUUUUGGCUUUAUUAAUAUUCCUAUGCAUGUUCUUAAAAAACAGAUGA